UUCAGACGAUGCCCCAACGGCGCGUGGACUUCAGCAGCACCUCCACUGUUUACCUCACACACAAAGGGUCUCUGACGCGUGGAAAAUGGUGCAGCUGGCAAAAGGCGGAGUGAUGUGGAACUCUUAAGUGCCAUGAAGAGACCGAGGCAGAUGCAUGCGAGUCUAGCGGCAGCACAACCAUCCUUCUACACGCCUGUGAAGAUGAUCUCAUGCCUGCACCCAUUUACCUCCCUGUCACGUUUAAAAAGAAUGACUUCCGGGAAAACAGCAUGCCUCAACACUUACGCCGCAUCUUUCUGAAUUGUUUUUCGCCUUUCUUCAGCAAACGCGACCAUAUCAUGAAUUAAACUGCAAUUCAAAAUGAAAUUUCCAACGGAAAACCCGAGGAAACCGGGCAACUGGAACCCUCCACCUGUGCCAGUGCAGACCAACCUGGUGCCACCAAAGAAGGUCCAGCCAGGGAUGCUGCAGUCCAGCUUGGUGCAGGCCAGCGUGGCCACCAUGCAGAACCCUAUGGGCUGCUCAUUACCUCGGCUUUCGGUCUCUCGACCAGCUAGUAUGGUGGCCAGCAUGGAAGCAGUGGCGGAUGGUUCAGCCCUCCUCACUGUCAUGAAGUGGAAGACCGUGCUUGCCGUGUUUGUGGUGGUGGUAGCCUACCUGGUCGCCGGCGGUCUGGUCUUCAGAGCUCUGGAGCAACACUUUGAGCGCUACCAAAAAGACUCGAUCACUUUGAAGAAAGCCGCCUUCCUGCUGAAGCAUCCCUGCGUGACCCCUGAAGAGCUGGAAGAGCUCAUCAAGCAUUCUGUAGAAGCAGUGAACGCUGGAGUCAGUCCUAUCGGAGACACGUCCUAUAACUCCAGUCACUGGGACUUAGGAAGUUCCUUUUUCUUCGCUGGAACUGUGAUAACAACAAUAGGUUAUGGCAACAUUGCUCCAAGCACAGAGGGUGGGAAAAUUUUCUGCAUUCUUUAUGCAAUAUUUGGCAUCCCACUCUUUGGCUUUCUGCUGGCUGGUGUUGGUGAUCAACUAGGGACUAUUUUUGUGAAGAGCAUCGCUAAAGUGGAAAAAAUGUUCAGGCGCAAGCACAAUCAAAUAAGCCAAACUAAGAUCCGAGUGGCCUCUACACUGCUCUUCAUCCUGGCCGGCUGCAUUCUCUUCGUCACCAUACCAGCCAUCAUCUUCAAGCACAUUGAAGGAUGGACUGGGCUAGAGGCCAUUUAUUUCGUGGUCAUCACGCUCACAACUGUUGGAAUCGGAGAUUAUGUUGCAGGAGGCAAUAGAAGAAUAGAAUAUCGCAAGUGGUACAGGCCGCUGGUUUGGUUCUGGAUCCUGGUUGGACUGGCUUACUUUGCAGCAGUUUUAAGCAUGAUUGGAGACUGGCUGAGGGUGCUUUCUAAAAAGACAAAAAUGGAGGUGGGUGAAAUUAAAGCUCACGCUGCUGAGUGGAAGGCCAACGUUCGAGCGGAGCUGCGCGAGACCAGGCGACGACUCAGCGUCGAAGUUCACGAUAAACUUCAGAGGGCUGCCACCAUCCGCAGCAUGGAGCGCAGGCAGCUGGGAUUCGACCAGCGAGCCCAUUCCCUAGACAUGCUGUCCCCUGAACGACGAGCUGCCUUCAACAGCCUGGAUGCCACCAACUUUAAGACAUCCUCCCAGGAGAGCAUCGACACAAAGCUCAACAACCUGCGUCUGAGAGUAGAACAGAACGAGCAUCGCAGGAGUGACCCUAGCCAGGCGUACUCUGAAGACAACAUUUUUAACCGGCUUGGUUCAGUCACCAAACUCGCCAAGCGGAACAAGAACAGGGAUCUGAAGAAAAACAUCCCGGAUGAUGGUCGGAAAGCCUUAGAUUCCUUCAGCUGUGACACUCCCCCAAUGGACGAAGAGAAGAAGGAGGCAGAGGAUGAGGAGCUUGAGAAAGAGGUCAACACUAGUCUCACCAACUUGCCUCUCUUUGUGGAGAGUCCCAAUAAGCAAAACGGAUUCGUGCCUCUCCCGCCACAGACCAAAGAGGAAGAAAAAGAGACAAAACUUGAAGACAAAGAGUUCCGUUUGCAGGUGGACCCAUAGAGGGAACCGUGUAGGGAUAUAGCAUACCAGAUAGUGCCUUGUUUAGCCCUUACCCUGAGCUGAGAUGUGAGAAUCUCAAUUUCUGCUGUUCAUUUAACUGUUCACUGUGUCCUGAUAACUUGAUAAUGGAAAUAUGGCGAUGGUAGCACUAGAAGACAACUGGUUCUCCUCUUCAGACCAAUGAAUGAUGCUUGGAUAAGUAAGAAGGAGUCUCUCCAAAAGCUCUGGACAAGAAAUGGAAAAUCUGUAGCAAGCUGCACUGGUGAUUGUGACUGAAAGUGCUGCACUUUCAAUUAUAUCUCUGGCAGAUUGUACUUCAAAUUUACUUGCUGAGAAGCAAAAUUGCUUCAAAAACAAUGUCUGUCAAGAUUACCCACUCGUUCGAAACGGACAAACGUAUCUAGAGACUUGAAUACCCUAAGAUGAUGGAACACUUUAAAAAUGAUGUAACCAUGUUAAAAUUGUUGACAUGUUGCAUAUGCACAGAACUCUGCUGUCCUGUUGAAGUGCAUCAAUAUGUGAUCCAGAUUUAUGAAUUUAUCCUAUGGAAUCUCAGGGCUUGUAGUCCUACUCUAGUUGUUUAAUUGUACGGUAUGUCUAACAUACAGUUUGCUGCGCUCUCAUGACAUAUCUAAAGCUGUUGCUACACACUACUGUUUUUAUAGUUUGAACAUUUAGGGUAAUGGGAUGGAAGAGAAGCCAUAAGGUAAAAUACAAAAUGUCUAGUAGACUUUACCAACUAGUUGUUUAUCCAUUCAAGGCCUUUCUUUUAAAGGGAUACCAAUAAAAUUUGGAUCAAACAUAGGGCUGCGAGAUAUGAUGGUAAAUAUAUUUCUUGCUAAUUAAAUUGUACUCUAGUGAGAUUAAAU